GUGAGGGGCUGGUUGGCUUGUAGCAUGUCGCGGUGCAAUGGGAAGCUAUGGCGCGUGUAGCCGGCAGGUGCAACGACGCGGAAAAGCCUCCGGAAGUCUGUCUCUAUGGCGCCUUCCCUACCUCUGGCAAACGUGGCCGGCAACGUACAGGUGACGCCGUCACAACAACGAGAUUGUCUGCUCUCCGCCUCCCCGAUAUCGAUAUCAUGACGCCUUUUAUCCGCAGCCUCCUCCUUUAACCCUUCCUCGCGACUACGAC